AUGCGUAUUGCAGUACCGCUCUUUUUCGGAGUCGCCUUAUCAAGCGUUCUUCCCAAUAUCCAGGAGGCUUUGAUUCUCGAAGAAGAUCAAUUGCUGAACUCAAAACGUCCUCUUCGGUUCGGCGAUAUCAACUUCCUCCACACUACAGACACCCACGGAUGGCUCUCUGGUCAUAAGGUGCAGAAGACAUACAGCGGAGAUUGGGGAGACUUUGUGUCAUUCUCGGAGCAUUUGCGGAAUCUCACUGCGGAAAAUGGCCAGGAUCUCAUUCUUGUAGAUUCCGGAGAUAGGCACGAUGGCAACGGUUUAUCCGAUGCUACCUCUCCGAACGGUUUAAUUUCAACACCAAUUUUCAAACGCCAGCACUACGACAUUGUAUCUAUUGGCAACCAUGAAUUGUACUUGUGGGAGAAUACUCAGCAGGAAUUGGACGUAUUGGUUCCGUCUUUGACUGAUAAGUAUGUAUGCUCAAAUGUAGAAUUCCUAAGAGACGGAAAGUACUAUCCAAUUGGUCUGAAAUAUCGAUACUUCACUACCCCCGUACAGAAGAAGAGAAUCUUGGCGUUCAGUUUCCUCUUCGAUUUUGCCAGAGCCAACGAUAAGACUCGCGUCACUCCUAUUGAAAAAGUAAUUGAGGAGGACUGGUUCAAGACUGUUCUUUCACAUUUCCCCCUGCGUGAGGUAGACGUCAUUCUUGUUGUGGGCCAUCUUCCUGUUGAUAAGAACGUGGGCGAGGUACGUAUUCUCCAUCAAGUCCUUCGAAAGCAGUAUCCAGACCUUCCAAUCCAAUACUUCGGUGGCCACAGCCAUAUUCGUGACUUUCAAGUCUACGACGAGAAGCUGACAGCGCUUCAGAGCGGACGUUUUUGCGAAACCGUCGGAUUCCUCGGGCUCAACACUUCUUCGGAUUCUUUGGAUGUCAAACAACGCUUCUUUCGGUCAUACAUUGACUUCAAUGUUGACUCUUUCCAGUUCCACACUGGCAUCAGUAGCACAGAAGAGUUCAACACGAAAAAUGGCCUUUCGAUCAAAGAUGAGUUGAUUAGCGCUCGUAGAAACCUCAAAUUAGACGUCGUCAUUGGAAAAGUCACCAAAUCAAACUACUACAUGGAUUAUGUGCCGCUUUCCCAUCCCCAAAGUAUCUAUAACAUGCUUACCUCGAAGGUUCUCCCAACACUAGAGCCUGAACAAAACAAAACUGAGCUUCAAACCGAAAGAAUGAUCAUCAUCAAUACCGGCUCUAUUAGAUAUGAUUUGUACAAGGGUCCGUACACUGUGGACUCUCAUUUCAUUGUGUCACCAUUUCAAAAUGAUUGGGUCAGAUUAACUGUGCCAAAAGAUGUGGCCAAGAAAAUUGUACCAAUUUUGAACCAGCGAAGCUACAUCGUUUCCCGGUUACUUCCACCGCAUCAUCGCUACCUGGAGGAGGAGGACUAUGGAUUUGACUCUUCUGAGUUUGGAACUGAAGAUCAAAGUGAGAACUUCUCUAAAAAAUUAUCAAAAGGGUAUGUCACAGAGGAUGAUUUUGGAAAGGAGGGCGAUGACACGCCUCACAAGGCAGUGAAAAACUUUAAAAUAACGAACGUGGUAGCAAGCGAACAGCUCGACCCAGACUCGAAAGACUCCCAGGUGGACGUAAUUUUUUACAGCUUCUUGACUCAAAAUGUCAAAGGUGCUUUGAAAAGACUCGGUUAUCCCUCUGACGAGCCAGAACUUUACUCGCGUAAGUAUUUGGGAAUGCUUCUCGACGAUUUUGCAGCCACGAACGAGUUAUAG